CUUUUGAACACACAACAUGCAUGUUAAGACCACAAUGAAAUCUGUUUGCGUACCACGACGUUGCGGACUUUGUGGUUUUGAGCUUCAACUUGGCGACAACAUUGUUGCAGUGCGGCGGUCCGACAUCAAAACAUCUCAACCUUACAAGUACAGCAUUGUGGGCUUUACCGACAGUGUUCUGGGCAUCGAUUAUGUCCAGUGUCUUGGGAGAUGUCAUCACGAUGAGCAGAGAGCUGGCUGUCAUGUUGACUGUAUCGAGAUCACGCCCGAUUUUACACUCGCAAAGGUUCUUGAAGUGACCACACCUGCAUUCGAGCCCCCCGUACUCGCAGACAAACGACGCAUCCGCUGGUUUCAGUCCCGUUUAGCUGGAAUACUCGAAACAACGACCCGCCAUCUUCCUCAUUUACCGGAGGAAGUCCGUCAUAAUAUUGCAGCAUGGGCCCUAGACCAUCGACUGACCCGUCGUCGCUUGGUCAUUGAUUGUGUCAACAAAAGAUGUGCGGAGAAAAUGAGCGCUGUUUUGUCCGUCAAGACUUCGGAGAAGAUUUAUGCCAGACACGUCGAAUUUGAGGGCGUCCAAUACAUUGCCUACUUGACGAAUGCAGCCAGCGACGACAAAGACAUUCUUUUGUUCGAUCCGACUUCGCCAACAUCCAUCAAUAGCUUGUUUGUCGCAAACGAUCAUCUUGGUGUCCGGCAGCUGUUGUUUACCGAUUCUUCAAAACAAUGCACCAUCGAACAAGAAGUGGGCGUUUGGUGGAGAGCAUUGAAACUGGAAAGCCUCGGUGGCCGUAUCCAGUACCACAGUGAUGGACUGAAAUUGCGCGACCUCAAAGGUGAAACAAUGGUGUUACCAAAAGACUGUUGGGGCGUUCCACAACUUGCACCCGAGUGUGUUCGGUUUGAAAGCAUAUGGAAUGCAGAGCCGAGCUACCACAUGUCGGUUGAAUCUUGUAACGAUCCUCAGACCACAGCCUACUCACUAUGCUGGAACUCACAAAUCGUCAUGCUGCAUGCACACUACGUCAAAGAGAACCUUGACUUUUAUCAAAGCUUACGAACCACGGACGAAACUGCUAUAUGGCAAUACAUGCCACUUCAUGCAGACGAGGUAUUGACAGAAAUUUGGAAAUUCAAUGGGCCAUUCAGAAGUGCAAUUGGAUUACUGUUAGUCACAAACCAGGGCCGCUCGGAAUUCCUAGGGGUGCAGCCUCGGCCAAACUGGAGCCAAUCCGAGUGGACUCUUCUUGACUUGCCGAGCGACACCACGAGCCGCAUUUAUGUCGAAACAACAACUUACGGUGUGCGGAGGUUAGGCUUCGAGACACCUCGGCCUGAGCGGCGAGCCCAAGUACCCAGUUUUGAGCGGCCAACCUCAUCGUAUCCGAUCUUUCGUCAUGGCGAGUACUAUGCCUGGAACAAAGCCAAACUCAACGAAGUAGUUGAGAUUGUCCCAUGUCGACGCCAUCAUAGAGGAAGGGUUAUCACCAUCGGACUUCUACUACAUUAUACCGACGGAAACUCAGCUUGUGUUGGUCAAAUCAGACUCGACUGCUUAGGAGAGGCUUCAAGUGUUGAUCCUGCUUGUAAGCUAUGGCUGGGAUUUUGGCUCACGGAUGACGGGCCUUGUGUAUCCAAUGCUGUCUUGGCCCAAGAGCAACCGACACUACCUGAUUGUGAGAGUUGGUUUCUGGUGGACUGGUGCGACAACCUAGAAUGGUGGUUUUCUAACAGGCAAUGUCAGUUGUCUUACCAAGGGCGUCUCAGCCCCGAAACAACUGAACUGGGGAGGAGCAGGGUUUGAAAAGCGUGGAUGGACAUAACAUCAAAGCGUCCUUUUUGGACAGCCGACGGGAUGACGGACGAUAUCGAGUUAGGUAAGCUGUGUCCUCACGAAGGGAAACCAGGCUGAGCGGCGGCUGGCGGGCCAAUAGGGUUCCAUGGACGCAUGCAUGUGAGGGGAGUUGGGGGCUGCAGACUGUGCCCCUAAAAAGUACUGCUGUUCCUUAAUCACCAACAUUUAUCAGGACCCAAGUGUCAGCCCUCACCACCAGGCAUCAUCGUAAACGGCUCACCCACUGUAGUUCUUUCAUUCCUAGGGCCAUUUCCUGCGUUCACGCGUCAUACCCUCGAGACCUUACCUACGCAUCGAGAGCAUAACAAUGGAGACUUCAUGCAGGUAGGCGUUGGCCGACGAAGUGACAGUCCAACCGAUCUGCGUGAUUAUGCCUCAGGACAGGAUAACCCAUGUCAGGCAGCCUGAUCAUCAUGGACUGAUUCAUUGUUAACGCGCUGCUCACUACAUGGCACCCAGCCACAUGCGCAGUACUUUCUUGACCAGCAGGCAGCAACGGCAAGGGGUUAAAAAGGGGUUUUCGGCUUUGUGGACAUCCUGAGUAUGAUUGGUUGUUGAUGGACUGUCAAUCUGAAUUAGAUCAUUUGUCACCAAACGGGUGUUGUGCUCGCAGAUCAAGUAUUUAGCCUUGUCAACUCUCUUUUCCUGUAUGCAGACCAUCUAAAGCCGAAGGCUUUCCAACAAUGACAGUCCAAAUCCCAACCCGUUCAGCUCCCUGAUACUUGGAUGUUUCCUCAAGGUUCUGGCCAUGGUUGACUGAGCUGAGCAUUUCGAUUCACAGUAGUAAGGCUAAAAGACGCUAUGGAUUCAUAAGUGGGUGUGUGCGGCUAGGGCUGCUCACAGGCGCUCAGCGACGGAAGACCUCAGAUGAUGGUGUGCAGUGAGUUCUGUCACCUGCGUCUGGACUUUCGCGCCCCCUGGAGAGCAAUUUAUCUGAGCCCAGACAGACAGGUCAUGUAGACAAGGGUUUCCAAGCCGGAUGUCUCCCCGAACGCAAGGAUGUGUGGAGAGCCAUUGUGGAGGAGCGGAUCAGGUAUGAGCCCCUGUUCGUCCGGGUUUGUGGCUGAUUUGCAGCCAAAGCUAGAAAUAACUGGUGCUCAAGGAACUAUUUAAUUAUAUAACACGCUUAAGUACGGCGUAACUAAGACUUUAUUGUAAAAUUGUUUUUUUUUAUCUCUAGCCUGUUAAUUACUUAAUUAGUUAGUUACAGUAGUACUGCAAAGUCUUAACUAACAGUUAUAUCGACAUGGAUGCCAGGCGCUGUGGCGACAAGAUACGACUGUGUCGUUACGCACCAAACCAGAAUGUGGACUUGGCAAAGAAGCAAUCACAUUACACGUCCAUGCAUGGACCUUCCGUUGGAAUGCUAGUUACGUAGCCCACAAU